AUGGGCUCUCACCAAAACAGUAUCCGAUGGGCGAACCCAACCCUCCCGGACAGCGUCUUCAAGAUGUUUGACAUGCACGGCAAAGUCGUCGUCAUAACCGGCGGUUCGGGGGGCAUUGGCUACCAGAUCGCCCGUUCCCUGGCCGAAGCAGGCGCCGACGUUGCCCUCUGGUACCACAAAUCUCCCGAGGCUAUCAAGCUGGCAGCCACCAUUGCCAAGGACUUCGGGGUCCGCGCAAAGGCGUACAAGUGCUCGGUGCAGAACUUUGACGAGGUCCAAGCAGCAACCAACGACGUGGUACGAGACUUUGGCGGACUCAAUGUCAUGAUUGCAAAUGCCGGGGUUCCAUCGAAAGCAGGCGGGCUUGACGACCGUCUCGAAGACUGGAAUCGCGUGGUAGACAUCGACUUCUCCGGGGCGUACUACUGUGCGCGAGUGGCUGGCGAAAUAUUCAGGAAGCAAGGCUCGGGCAAUAUGAUCUUCACAGCAUCGAUGUCAGGCCAUGCGGUUAAUAUUCCCCAACAACAGGCCUGUUACAAUGCCUGCAAAGCUGGUGUCAUUCACCUGGCAAAGUCGCUGGCCGUCGAAUGGGCAGCGUUUGCCCGGGUCAACUGCGUUAGUCCGGGAUACAUUGACACGCCGAUUAGUGGAGACUGCUCUUUCGAGAUGAAAGAAGAGUGGUAUAGUUUGACUCCUCUGCGCCGGGACGCUGAUCCACGCGAGUUGAAGGGUGUCUAUCUCUACCUGGCCAGUGAUGCCAGUACUUAUACAACGGGUGCUGAUAUUGUGGUGGAUGGCGGCUACACUUGUCGAUAG